CACCCUCAUCAUGGGACAAUUUCCUGCCAGGUCUGCUGGGGACUGAUGGGUCUAGGUGGAAUUAUAUGAAAUUGAUCAGUGAGGUAACGAAAAAGAAAUAUCUGUAUGCUUACUCUAACUAUGGCUGCAACUGUGGCUUCAGACAAUAUGGAGCCCCCGUGGAUGCAACAGACAGGUGCUGUGCUGAGCAUAACUGUUGCUAUCGCCAUCUGAGGAAAUUGGGGUGCAAUCCCAGAAAAACAAGCUACAGCGCUCUCUAUAAUCCCAAAUCUAUCAAGUGUGUGAAACGAAAUAAGUGUAAGACUCAAGUGUGUGAAUGUGACAAAGUUUUUGCCAAGUGCCUUGCAAAAAGUUUGAAAACUUACAAAAGGAAAUAUCAGUACUAUGAAAAGGAGGACUGCAAAAGAGCAUCCCCAAGAUGCAAAGAGCCCUUGAAACUGGAACUUUUAUUACUUCUUCCUGAAUUUCCUUCUCUUGCACCCCCAUUCCAAGCCCUGGACCUUGACCUGGAGUGAAGAACCACCCCCUCUCUGCUCAGAGUCCCUUCUAUCUCCACACAGGAGCCUGCAGCCUGGGGCAGGUGUGUCUCAUCUCCUUCCCACUUGCUCUCAGGCAGCAGGAAAUUCCCCCUUUCCCAAUCUUCUGCACCAAGUCCUACUCUCUCCUUAGAAUGGAGGAGCUGCAUUCCUUGGACUGUC